AUGACGCUGGAUCAGGCUAUUGAAGCCUCGGCGCGCGAGCAAAGGCAAAAGCAGCAGCAGCAGCCGCAGCCGGCACCGGCUCAGCCGGCACCGACCCAGCCGGCACCGGCCCAGCCUGCACCGACCCAACCCGCACCGACCCAGCCCGCACCGACCCAGCCUGCACCGAACCAGCCUGCACUGGUCCAGCCUGCACCGACCCAGCCGGCACCGACCCAGCCGGCACCGUCACAGCCGGUAGUGAACGAGCCGGCAGUGACGACGCAGCCAUCUGUCGCGCAGCCGCAGCCUGUAACACAACCACAGCCGCAGCCGCAGCCGCAGCCGCAGCCGCAGCCGCAGCCGAACGAUGGGAGCACGCAACCGCCGCUAUUCCCGGGCGUCACCCCCGCGCCCGUCGUCACCCCCACGCCCGUCAACAAUCCCCCGGUCGCCAGCGGCGGAGGGUUUGGGAUCUUCCCCAGCGGGCCGGGCGGGUUCACCCCCACGCCCGUGACGCCGGAGAUCCCGGCUGUGCCGAACACUCCAACGCCUACGACUCCUGUGCCCGCUCCUACGACUCCUGUGCCCGCACCUACGACACCUGUCCCCACGCCUACGACUCCUGUCCCCACGCCUACAACUCCUGUCCCCACGCCCAAGACUCCUGCCGUUCCCACGCCUAAAGGGCCUGUCGUCGAUCCCACACCCAAGACUCCAACUGUCCCCACGCCUACCACUCCCACUACUCCUGGCGUCCCCACUCCUACCACUCCUGGCGUUCCCACGCCCACGACUCCUGGCGUCCCCACGCCCACUACUCCUGGCGUCCCCACACCUAAGACUCCUGGCGUACCCACACCCACAACACCUACCGUCCCCACGCCUAAGACUCCUGGCGUCCCCACGCCCACAACUCCCCCAGUCAACCCCAGCGUCCCCACACCCGGAGCCCCAGGCUCGACUCCCACUCCCAAGGUUCCCCCAACGGUCCCCGGUGCUAAAAUUCCCCCCGGCGUCCCAAAUCCCAAGGUUCUGCCUGUUGCGCCGGGUUCCACGGCCGCCCCUGGCGUUCCGAAUCCUAAACUUCCGCCGCUUGCGCCUGGUUCCACGGCCGCGCCUGGCGUUCCAAAUCCUAAACUUCCGCCGCUUGCGCCUGGUUCCACGGCCGCGCCUGGCGUUCCGAAUCCUAAACUUCCGCCGCUUGCGCCUGGUUCUACGGGCGCGCCUGUCGUUCCGAAGCCCAAGACCCCGCCUGUAGCUCCUGGCAGUCUUGCCGCCCCCGGCGGGAAAACGGUCCCCGGACUUCCGCGCCCCAAAGUACCCCCCGUUGCACCAAGCUCCGCCGCUGCUCCAGGUUCCGACUCUGCGCCUGGUUCCGCCUCUGCGCCGUCCUCUCUGCCGUCCCGCGCCCCUGCUAGCCUGUCCGCUCCUGGCUCCGCUUCCGCGCCUGGCUCCGCCUCUGCACCAGCUUCCGCACCUGGCAAAGUUCCGAAACCUGCCCCUGGCUCCGCCAAGGCUCCUGUCUUAGCACCCGGUUCCACGCGCGCCCCAUCCGGCGUGCCUAAAAACGGCUCCAUCACCGCGCCGGCCUCGCUCCCCCCGCCGCGCCCUGCGCAGCCCUCCGCUCCGCUGCCGCAGCUCUCUACUUCGGCAAACGCUGCGGCGACCCCCUACUCGACGACCCCUCCCGCGAACACGACCGCGACGGCGGACACUGGCGGAAACAGCGUGUCCGCGGGUGCGAUUGCGGGGAUCGCUACUGGUGUGACGCUGGGGUUCGUGUUGCUGGUGGUGCUGGGGCUGUACGUGUUCCUGCUGCUGAGGCGCAAGAAGGAGGAGAGCGACGGCGAGAAGAAGGGGAAAGCGGGCGGUGCGGCCAAAGGGGCAACUAAAAGCAAGGUACCAUUCUACGCAGCUCCGUUCAAGACGAGUAAGGCCACCGGCAAUCCGGAAAGUGCGGAGAUGCAAGACGGGGGAGAAUCCGGAGUGACAGGAAUUCCGCCAGCAGCAGCGGCUGCAGCAGUGGCAGGAGCAGGAGCAGUGGCGACAGGAGCAGCGGUCGCAACCGCUACCGCGGGAUCUGCCCCUGCUGACAAAGCAGCUGACGUGGCAUCUGCUGACGUGCCACCUGCUGGCGCGGCGGCUGCUAGUGGCGCAGUGAGUGCUCGCCCCAACGCAAGUCCGCCAUCUGCUAAAGCGGGGAAAAGCCUGACUCCUCUCCCGGGUGGCGCAAGCCCGCUGGCGAGCGCAGCGGGGGGUAUAACAGCAGCUGCAGGAGCGGGUUCGGCCGCCGGUUCGACAGUAACUACCGCGGGCUCGGGUGCAGCAGGAGCGGUGGCGCCAACUGCGGGUGCGGUUGCGGGUGCUGCGGCGGCAGUAGCGGCAGGAGCGGCGGUAGGAGCGGCAGCUGCCACCGCGGCAACAAAGACGCCGGCAGCCGCGAGAGCCGCUGCUGUUCCUGCUGCAGGCGCAGCUGGCGCGGGGGUGGUCGCAGGCAAGCCCCACAUUAUUCACAAGGACAUCAAGUCAUCUAACAUCCUGCUCGACGCUCAGUACGAGGUCAAGCUGAGUGACUACGGCUCAGCCAAGCUGGCAGGAGAUGCUGCCCUCACAACCAUCAUCAGCUCGGCCGGCUCUUUUGGCUACCUGGCGCCGGAGCAUGCGCUCACAGGCAAGCUCACCGAGAAGUCGGACGUGUACUCGUUUGGAGUGGUCUUGCUGGAGCUUAUAACGGGGAGGAAGCCCAGUGACAAGCAGAGGGGGCAGAAGGACAGCCUGGUUGAGUGGGCUCGGCCACUCCUUGCCUCCAACACGCUCAAGGAGCUGGCUGACCCGAAUCUGGAUGGCUGCUUUGGGGUGAAGGAGAUGGAUCGUGUUAUUGUGGCUGCCUCGCAGUGUGUGAGGCAGUCGGCUGUCCUCCGACCAAGCAUGAGCCAGGUUCUACGCCUUCUGGAUCAGCAGUGA